AUGUAUGAUAGUGAUAACGUUAGUUUUAGUCAGCAGCAGGAUAAUAAAGACUUUCAAUCGAAAAUGCUCAUAGGACCAGUGUCGGUGAUGAACCAGCAAAAUUGCGCUCCAACGCAAGACGCAAACGCACAAAAGAAAGCUUUCGAUAGGGAGGCAUAUGAUGCGAAAUUUAAACAUCCAUCCGCACCGUUAAUACCUAAAUUAGAAACACCCGAUACCUAUCAGUAUCAAAAAGAAGAAAGAGUGAAGGUGGAGCCUCAGAGGAAUAUUGCUCCUCAAAUGAAGAAUGUGAUUCCUCAUCACAAUAAGUUAGAUCCUCAACGAGAUUAUCAAAAUGGUAUGAUACAAAAGCAAAACGUCCUGCCUCCUAUCUCUACAAUCAAGCAUGAGACGUUCGUUCAAAAACCACAAAACUAUCAACAAUUCCAAAAUUAUCCCAACGAUAGAAGGCAGGAGACAAUUGAGAAAUAUGCACAAAUCCCACGUCCACAUGAAAACAGUGGUUUUCAGCGAUACCACAGAGGUCUAGAAAAUAAAGUCACCAAAGAUGAUAGAAGAAAUCUUGGCAUAUGUGAAGAAACAAAACCACCAUUUUACAUAGAACAAAUUAAAUCUGAACAUUCUCCACCGGGACACAAAAUAUAUAAAAAUAUUAACUUUGGCCCACCGCGGAGUGAACCGUACAUGUUCGCUGGGGAUGGUGGACCAGUUGCAAUCAGAAGUGAAGUGGGAUACUCGUGCUGUAGACAAGGAUCGACAAAGAAACCACCACCGGAGCACCUCAGAGAUGGUGCAUGCCCGGGACUCCAAACCAAGGAUGAAGUUUUAGAAGGAGAGCCAGAUGCUGCGGAAAAGACAGACCCAAAAACUCCAUCGAAGCCUAGCACGCCAACACCAGACCUGUACUCUAAAAAUCCGAAAGAAAAUCAGUUUAAUUACUCAAAAGAAUAUCUUGAGAAUUUAGAAAGAUUACGAAAUAACUCAAGAACAGAGGUUCCAGAUUGUAAUUGCUUUCCAGCUGAUAAAAAUCCGCCGGAACCUGGAAGUUACUACACUCAUUUAGGAGCAGCAACUUCGCUAGCAGAAUUAAGGAAAGAUCUUGAAGCCAGAACUGGAUUGUCAGGAAAGGAGUUGAGAAUAGAAAAGAUAUGCUAUACGGGAAAAGAGGGCAAAACUGGACAGGGCUGUCCCAUGGCCAAGUGGGUAAUAAGACGCGCUAAUUAUACCGAAAAAGUGCUUGUAGUGGUGAAAUUCCGAAAUGGCCAUAAAUGUCCAACAGCCUGGAUAGUUGUAUGUCUGGUCGCAUGGGAGGGGAUUCCCCAGUCAGAAGCUGAUUUAAAUUACACUCUAUUAUCCCAUAAGCUCAAUAGAUAUGGUCUGCCAACAACACGGCGUUGUGCUACCAAUGAAAAUAGGACUUGUGCCUGUCAAGGCUUAGAUCCUGAAGCGUGCGGCGCCUCCUACAGUUUCGGCUGCUCCUGGUCCAUGUACUACAAUGGAUGCAAAUACGCCCGUUCGAAAACUGUCCGAAAGUUCAGACUCUCGGUCAAAACUGAGGAGAGCGAGAUUGAGGAACGUAUGCACGUUUUGGCCACACUUUUGAGUCCGCUUUACAUGAAUUUAGCGCCCAAGUCCUUUGAAAACCAAUGCCAGUUUGAGAAGGAGGCUUCUGACUGUCGGUUAGGGUUUAAGCCUGGACGACCCUUUUCCGGUGUCACAGCGUGUAUCGACUUCUGUGCGCACGCGCAUCGCGAUUUACACAACAUGAAUAACGGUUGUACGGCUGUCGUUACACUCGCCAGACAUCGCGCACUAACUCCACCAAAUGAUGAGCAGUUACACGUCUUGCCCUUGUAUGUCCUUGAUUCAACUGAUGAGUUUGGCUCCAAGGAAGGCCAAGACGAAAAAAUCAAAAACGGAGCUCUUCAAGUCCUUGAUAAAUAUCAAAUGGAAGUUCGUGUUCGAUCCGUUCCUCUUCAGCCGUGUAGACGUCACGGGAAGAAACGUAAGGACGAAGACAAUUCAGAUUCAAACUCCUCAGCUAACACUCCACAAGCAAGUCCCGGGAAUCAGAAGAAAUGCCCCACACCUGGACCCAAAACUCCCCAACCCAAUGAUACCAGAAACAUCGCUAGUCCAAGAAGUCAGAACGCUUCGCCCCGAGCUAACACUCCAGCGGUAAACCAAACUUCAGCUUUUCAACCAAAUCCAAAUAAUUAUAAUUCUGCCUUUGUUAAUCCAAAUAUGCAUAACUCUAACCCUAAUCUUAUCAAUGCUAGUAUGAGUAACCCGGCCUUAUUGGAUAUGGCUUCGAUGAUUGAUAACUUUACAGACGCACAAUUACAAAGCAAUCAAAUUUCUAGUACCGUCUUAGAUUCACCAUACAAUUCGUACGACCAGAGCUACAAUAUCCAUAAUCAAAAUAAUAUGUAUAAUCCAAAUCCAUCGCCAAUAGUCGAUGCUACUUGUCAAAAUCACAAUCAAAAUCAAAAUCAGCUACCGAGUUUUGCAUCGGGAUUGCAGAAACGUGACCAAUUCAAUCCCACAAAUGUAACAGACAUGAGUGUUCAAAACCAGUGGCCGGAUUUCAAUAAUCCGGAAAUGUUUAGUAAUGCUGUCAAAGAAGAUCCAGAUUCCACAACUGCUCAUUUAAAUAUGACUCCCACUAAUUAUAGCCCAGAUUCUAAUAGAAGUGACCCAAAUAAUGACCAAAUUAAAAAUACACCAGAGCCCGAUAAACCUAACUUAAUCCGCGAUAUGUCACAAAAAAUGCCAGAUUUUGAUAUACCCAGAUCUCCCAGAGUCACAGAUAUAUCCCAGCCUCAAAACACACCAGAAUCACCAGUCCCAACACAAAUUGAUAUGAAAUCGCCCAAUAAUGAAUCACCAAAUUGUGACGCUCGCAAGGGUGUGUGGAGAUCUCCAGAGCACAGAAACUGGGAUCCAAUGAAACCAAAAGAUGGUGUAGAUGAAAAUGCUGUAUUCAGAGUUCCCAAAUCGCGACCUCCUUCGAGAUCCCAGGUCAAUCUUCCAGAAAAUAUUGAACAGUCUACGUUCUUAAAACCUUACCCGCCUUCUGGGAGACCUCAACUGACUCACGGCUAUGACCACCGAAGCCCUUACGACAGCCGGACAAACAAUCCCCAAACACCAACCACCCAGGGCAAUUUUACCAUAAGUCACGAAGAUCCCAAUCAAAACUCGGCUGCACCAAACAAGCAAGAACAAGUUCCUAGUAACUAUCCAGCCAACCAAAAUACAUAUGGCAAUCAAUCUCCAGUCCAAAAUUACAAUAACUAUCCCACCGUAGGAAAUGCGUACGCAUUUUCAUCAAACCCAUACGGCCAUUUUAGCCCUUAUGAAAACACAUAUAACGACUAUAAUAGCAUAGCAUAUUAUAACGCAGAGAAGUAUAAAAGAGAAGAGUUAAUUAGGAACUCGCAUUGUUACAAUUCCUAUGGAUAUCAGUAUAAUCCAAACUUUCCUCCUAACUUUUACCAAAAUCCCAAUCCCAAUUGGUGUCAGUCUUCUCCCAAUUGGUGUGUGUAUCCGCCGCCAUUCUCUUUACCUUAUCCUCCUGAACCUCCUAAAGCAGAACCUAUUGGAGAGGUGACCGGAGUGUCUGAUAAUCUUGAAUGUUUCAAAGAUAGUCAAAUGGGGGGUGUUGCUAUAGCAUUAGGUCAUGGAAGUGUGCUCUUCGAAUGCGCUAAACAUGAAAUGCAUUCCACUACUGCAGUAAAAAAUCCAAACAGAGCAAAUCCCACGCGAAUAUCUUUGGUCUUUUAUCAACACCGAAACUUGAAUCGACCCAAGCACGGUCUAGAAGAAUGGGAGGAGAAAAUGAGAUUAAAGAAAUUAGGUUUGAAUCCACCGACUCCUGGCACUCCCGCUCCAAAUUCUAACACUGUCUCCCGGGCAAGUACCCCAGGGCCUGAGAAACAGACUCCUGAGAAAUGGAAAAAUAAUGAGAACUAUAUACCAGGAGGGUAUAGUUCCCUGUCUGCCUUAGUGGAGGCGACAAAUGUGGCUAAAAGGAAAGGCCAAAUUAUGUUGAGGGCUGACACACAAACCACAAUGUCUUGGACCACUCUAUUCCCGAUGCACCCCUGUACUGUGACAGGUCCAUACCAAGAAUCUGGCACCUGA